AUGUCAUCAAGUUCAGAUCCAUCAAUUGAUAAAGAUCAAUGUUCUAUUGAAACCGAUGGCAAUAACCAUCAUCAUCAUCAUCAUCAUCCUAUCCGAACUGUCUCUUAUGCUGGUGAUGGUAAUGAAUACAUCAUUUUAGAUAACAAAAAAUAUUAUCGUCAUGAAUUAAUGACGGCUUUUUUAGGUACAAUGAACCCAGGUUAUACUCCCAUAUCAACCCAUAAAUUUGGUAAUGCUUCAGCAGUUGGAUUAGCAGCGUUUGGUCUAUCGGCAUCAGUAUUAGGAUUAUAUUAUGCUGGUGCCAAAAAUAUCUCCAUUCCUAAUGUUUCAAUCUCACUUGCAAUUUUUUAUGGAGGAUUAGUUAUGUUUGUUUCAGGAAUUUGGGAAUUUUUCAUUGGUAAUACAUUUGCCUAUACUGUGUUUUGUAGUUAUGCAUCAUUUUGGCUUGCUUUUGGAACUAUGAAUGUACCAGCAUUUGGAAUGCUUUCUGCUUAUGAAAAUUCCGUAGAAUUGGGUAAUGCCAUUGGGUUUUUCUUGAUUGGAUGGGGGGUCUUUUCGAUAAUGAUUACAUUAUUGGUUUUUAAAGCAACAGUUUUAUUUGUUGUGUUGUUUAUAACUUUAGAUGUGGGAUUAUUUACUUUAGCAGCGGCUAAUAUGACAGGGAAUACUACAUGUACAAAAGUAGGUGGUAUAUUUGUUGUUAUUAGUGCUAUUUGUGCUUGGUAUGGUAUGUUUGCUGGUAUUGCUGAUAGAUAUAAUUCUUAUUUUACUAUCAAUCCAGUUCCAAUUCCGCAUCUUGGGGGUAACAAAAAACAAAAAGAGAUGAGAUGA